CAGGAUUGACAGGUUACACUGUGACUGUGAAUUGUAAAUAUCUAUAGGAGAUCCGGGGGCACAAAUAAUAAAAAUGUACUGCACAAGACAUUGCAUUCGGACCGCACUGCGAAUCGCCGCAAAGACACAUCGGCAGGAGCUCCAGACACCAACGCUAUGUGCCCUCCGAACACUCGGGACCAGCCCAGCCAGCCUUUCUGAUGUCAUCGCCACCCCCCCUCUGGACGGAGCCCCCAAAGCGUACCCCCCCAAAAUCACCCAGCUGGUACACGACAUCACCAGCCUCACCUUGUUAGAGGUGUCAGACCUCAAUGAGCUCCUCAAGAAAACCCUGAAUAUCCAGGAUGUUGGGAUGAUGCCAAUGGGAGCCAUGACUGCAGCAGCAGCACCUGCAGCUCUGGCAGUGGAAGAGGACAUGGUACCAGUGAAGAAAGAGAAGACACACUUCACAGUGAAACUGACAGAACUGAAGGCAGCAGAGAAAGUGAAACUCAUAAAAGAAGUGAAGAACUGCAUCCAAGGCUUGAACCUGGUGCAGGCUAAGAAGUUGGUUGAGUCCCUCCCCCAGGAGAUCAGAGCCAAUGUGUCCAAAGAGGAGGCGGAGAAGCUGAAGACGGCCCUGGAGACAGCAGGAGGCACUGUGGUGUUGGAGUAAACCGUCCCUCCUCUCUCCCUCCCUGCCUCCACCCGACUGACCCCGAUCCACCGUCUGGCUGCGGUUACUCCCGUCUUCUGACUGUCUGUUUUAUACAGCAGUAAAAGAACAAAGGAACCAAUACCUUGGGAAAGGAAACUGAAAUAUUGCCUUUUUACAACGUCGCUGUACCAGCUACCAACUGGACGGUGUGAAGCGGGGCGCGAGAAACUAACUCAGACUGAACUCCUCAGGCUCAGAGCCUGAACACACCCGCUCGCCGCCCGGCCGCUCGUCAAUUUACUCCCCCAUUUGUCUUGUUUGUUCUGGCUGGCUCUGUCCCGAUUCUCCAUCCUUCUCCCGAAGUGUGCACUUCUCUUGCGUUCUUUCUCGCAUUGAUUCAACAACGGUGGAAACUCAAACUCCCUCAAGCCAGUGUUUACAUCAGCCCCAUAUUUAAAAGUCCAUGACUGGGAAUAUGAGGGCACAGUACAGGAGAAGGGUGGAUAAUGGGUACUUUUGCCCAUCUAUCAGUCUGGUACUUUUGCCCAUUGGUCUGCAGUCAAGCUGGCCCUGGGCCUCCUGUCUGUC